AUGGGCGAGCAAGGAAACCGGCGGGAGGAGCGGAGCGAGGCUGAUGAAGAGCCUCACGGCCCAAACAUCCCCUCCCUCGCUACCGAACUCCAAGAGAAAAUCUUCUCGCACUGCGACGCCUUCUCCGUCGAAGCCCUCCGAGCAACAUGCAAGCACCUCCGCGCUAUUGGAGAGCGCUAUCGAUUCGAUGAGGUGCACUUCGCGUGGCACGAACGCAGCGUCAACAAGUUCCUCCGCAUCACGAAUCAUCCAGUACGUAGUAAGAAGAUAAAGAGAGUGGUCUUGCAUGCGGAUGUCCUUCGUCCGCUCCAGGAUGUGAAGGACAUGUUCUGUCUUGAUUACGAGGACGUCGACCACUUUCUCAAAAUGCGGUACGUGAAAGGAGAGCUCGAGCGUGCCCUCGAUCCGUACGCCAAGGCCGAGUUUGAAGAGGUCCGAGACAUCGUAUUCACGGCAGCCCAGCUUAGGGGCUUUGAUCUGCGGCAGGAGAUCGAUCGGGGCAGAGAGCACCAGUACCGGGAGGGUUGGGGUGCGCCGAGCUACACCGAUCACAACUGGCGUGUUUUUCGGGCCAUCGCCCAGCUGAAAAACCUAGAAGAGGUCAUCGUGAUGGUCACCGAAGGCGAGGCAGAGAUUGCCCACUGGCUCAACUAUGCUCCAAAGUGUCGGCAUCCCUUCUGGCGGGACCUCUACGAUGCGGUCCCUGCGAAGCUCUAUUUCUGGUCCUGGCCUCCGAGAGGUCUGCACCAGGUUCUGGAGCUUGUGCAUGGUUUUAUGCUCCUAAAUUGGUACCCUAAACGGUUGCGGAUUGAGUGCCGCAGUUUGCGUUCUUGGGCACAGAACUGGUCGGACGCCCACGAACGGGGGCUAUGGUGUCUCAACCUGCAAAGACUGAACGCAUUGGCACCCGCGUUUGCUCGCAUCACCCGCUUCGACGUCAGGUUCAUGGCCUUUCCCGAAUCGUCAAUCUGCGGCGAUUGGCUUCCCAUGUGGCGCAAUCCCGGCAACGUAGAGGAGCUCCGUCUUAACGAGUUCUUGAAGCAACCCGGAAACCUGCGUUCCUUGUCGAUCGAGAUUGCGUCAAACGUCGGGUUGCAUGCAGUUUUUCAAGGUGUAACGCUCCCGUUUCUCCAGUCGCUUACGCUCGCUGGAAAAGCUUCAAUGGCUGAGCUGUCGAUGUGGAUUAGGAGUAGUGUGCCUCUUCUUCAAAAACUCAACGUUGUGAAACUGAAAGAGCGCGACUUGAAAACCGACGGAUUGAUGAGGUUAGGUUGGGAAAAUGUUACCAAAGUUGUGUACGGCAGAAAGCAAGCCAAAACUAUGAAGAUAGAAGCGAUGAAAAUGGCCUGCUACGAGAAAUUCGAGGAUCUGAUACUUCUGUAUGCUCUUUGGUACCCUAGGGAGAAAGGUCAGGAGUCAGCUAACUCCUCGACGGGACCAUCGUGGCAAGAGGAAAAGGACUACGUGGUGCUAGAAUGGUAGAUUGGUGAUUUUAGAGAG